GCUUGGAUAAAUUAUGGGACGGAAAAGUUAGCUCGUAUUUACAAGGAAACAAUUUGUGUAAUCGGGAUGGAAACUUUGUAUAUUUUGUGCCUGAUUCUGGCAUGUUUUUUGAUCCGUUUUUGUAUCCAGCAUGGUGACACAAUUCAAGCCGUGAGACGCACGUUUCGUCGCGACGUGUUCAUGAUUUCGAAAUUCAUACAACUCACGGUGUGGACAUUUCUGGAUGUGAGGAGAAAUAUGACUGUGUUCAAAUAUUUCGACGAAACGGUGGAGAAGCGGGGGACGAAGGCGUGUUUCCUUUUUGAGGAUGAAAUUUGGACGUUUGCUAAAGUGCAAAAUGAGACGUUCCGAGUUGCUAAAUAUUUUCGAGAUGCGGGUUAUCAGAAGGGAGACGUUGUGGGGCUCUUGAUGGAAAAUAGGCCGGAAUUUAUCUGCAUUUGGUUAGGACUUUCAAGGAUUGGCGUCAUUACGAGCCUUAUCAACACGCAGUUGCGGCGGAGUUCCUUAAUCCACUGUCUGAAAGUUUCAAAUAGUAGGGGUCUCAUCUUUGUAGAGAAAUUGACUUCUGGUUGGUUCGGUAUAAAUAAACCGUUGCAAACGAAAUGUCUAAAACGGUGGAAACAAAAAAUUCGACACCUUUGACCGUUGGCGUCAUCACCGUGGCGCCGUGACCUAAUGACCUUCAACGCCCAUCUUCGUACUCAUCCCGUCCUCAAAAAUUAGAAACAAGUUGGCGAAAACCGCAUGUCGAAAUUCGAAUCCGUUCUAAAGUUAUCGUGGAGACGGACAGACGGACGGACGGACAGACAGACAGACAGACAAGACGUUUCCAUAAAGGGGCUUUCACCCCUAAAUAAAUCGAAGUAAAAAUAAAUCCAACCUGAACAAAAAAGAGGGUGACCCAAUAGUUUUAUUAACUAUACGAACUUGUUGUGAUGUCCUCAUUUUCUUUCUUUUAUUCAACCGUGGCAAUUCAAGAAUGCUUGGAUUCGAAUGAUCCCUCUGAAAAUAUUCCGGCUGGAGUGACAGCACUGUACUCCGUCUCGGACAGGAUGGCCACAAAGGAUAUUUUAACUCAUGGUCAUGUCAAUUUAACUCGAGAGAUGGGACUCUUCAGUGAGGAUGACUUGUGUUGUGAAGAGUUUCCCGAUAUUGUGGGAAGUGAGGAUGUUGUAUUGCACGUUUUUACCUCGGGAACGACGGGGCGUGCAAAAGCGGCAAAGAUGAAACAUAGUCGUUUGGCAACAUUUGCGACUCCAAUUUUCGGCCUGGAAUUGAACCCAGACAGGGACGUGCUUCUCACGCCUAUCCCACUGUACCACGUGCAAGGAGGUCUGCUCGUCGUGGGGUUGCCCCUGUACCAUGGCGUUCCGCAAGUCAUUAUUCGCAAGUUUUCGGCCUCCAACUUUUGGAAACAAUGUGUCAAACACGACGUGACAUGCUGCCAAUAUCUGGGCAAAAUUUUGCGAUAUUUGCUGAAUCAGCCUCCAACGAGGGAAGAAAAGUUGCAUAAAGUGCACACAUUUCAUGGGAACGGGGCGAAUCCCGUGGUCUGGAAGAGAUUCGUGGAGAGAUUUGACACCAUAAAGAAUUGUAUGGAUCAACGGAAGGAAAUUGUGGAACUAUGAAUGCAGAACCCCACGUUGGCACGGCGGGCUACUUGCCCAUCCUACUUUACCCCUUCCUCCCCUUCUUCUUUGCUCGGGUAUCGAGCGAAGGCGAAUUAGUCCAACCACAGGGCUGGUGCAACAUGCCCCGAAAGGAGAAGCGGGAGAGUUGCUGGGGAAAAUUGUGAAAUCCAAUCCAUUCCGGGACUACAGCGGCUACACGGAUGAGACUCAAAGCAAAGGGAAUAUCGUGAAGGGUGUGAAGCAGCUGGGGGACAAAUGGUUCCGAACGGGCGACACCUUUACGAUGGAUAAAUUUGGAUACGUCUAUUUCAAGGAUAGGACAGGGGAUUCGUUCAGAUGGAAGGGGGAAAACGUAUCGACGUUAGAAGUGGAGCAAGGUGUCGGAAAAGCGAUCGGGGUCAAUAAUGGUGUCGCCGCGUUUGGCGUAAGUAUUCCUGGAAUGGAUGGGAAGUGUGGAAUGGUUGCCAUAAGUGAUAUCAAUGGUGGACUAAACAUUUCAAAUCUGCACGGAGAAUUGGCUCGCUAUCUCCCGCCAUACGCACGACCAGUGUUCGUCCGCGUGAUGAGAAACGAGUUGGAAACGACGGGAAGCUUCAAACUGCAAAAAAUGGAGCUACGGAAGGCAGGCUUCAGUUCGGCUUUAAUGAAUGGGGAUUUACUUUACGUUUUACAGGGUGGAAAAUACAUUCCAAUGCGGAGUGAAAUAUAUGAUGAUAUUUUACACGGGAAAUUUAGAGUUUGACGGUAAUGCAAUUAUAAUUAGUAAUUAAUUACUCAUAUACUUCAGAUCAAUUUCAGGGAAAUUAAUUAAGUACGAAAUGUAAUUAAACCGUCUUAUUUUAAAAUUUGUAUGCGUAUUGUGUAUUUUUGAGACCAUCACUAAGAUUAGGUCGGUUGUUACUUAGAUUCCCGAUAUGAAUAAUGCAUGUUUUUAUUAAUUUGAGUUAUUGGUAAAAUAUGUAGAUUAAUUCACAUCUUCAUUUUUAAUUACAAUCCUUCGGUAUAUUUAAAUAUCUGCAUAAUUAUGUAUGUAUAUUGAAAUUGUAUGUGUAUUGAAAUUUCAUCUAUGUAAUUAAUUACUAAUUAUGAAGGGGUAAUUUUGAUUCAUUACCCGACUGAUAUAAGUGAUAUCGGGUAACGAAUUACACAAUUAGAAUGUACAAUUUAGAAAUUACUUGCUUUCGUCGAGUCAAAAAAAGUAAUCAGUAAUUAAAUACAAACUCAAGUAAUUAAUCGUCA